CAUCAAACCCUGACACACCUUACAACUCCAGUGUUGACUGGGAGAGGAUUGUCCAUACACCCAGUUAUUCUCUGAUAAGAAAGACACAUCUUCAUCUAAAGAACUGUAGCCAUGGUGUCAACUGAUCAUCUGAUGACAUAUUUAUUAGAGGUAAUCCUGUCACACCUGGCCUUAACCUGUGCCUUACUUCUGGCCACUCUCGCUGUCAUCCGAUGGUACAUCAGAGAUUCCUACAAGGUUGAUGGCUUCACCCAGAAGCAUGUGUUCAUCACAGGCUGUGACAGCGGCUUUGGGAAUCUGCUGGCCAAGCAGCUGGAUGGAAAAGGCUUCCACGUCAUAGCUGCAUGUCUCACAGAGAAAGGUGCAGCAGAUUUGGCAGCAGCAGCCUCCCCCAGACUGAAGACUCUCCUGCUGGAUGUUACAGACAGCGGGAGCAUCAGGAGGGCGGUGGAGUUUGUGAGCAAAGAGGUCGGAGAUGCAGGUCUGUGGGGUCUGGUGAACAACGCCGGCAGGUUGAUACCUUUCGGUCGAAUAGAAUGGAUGCAGUUGGAAGAUUUCACGAAGGUUUUGGAUGUGAAUCUGAUAGGUCUUAUUGAUGUGACGCUCCAGUUUCUGCCCCUGCUGAAAAAGAGCCAGGGCAGGGUGGUUAAUGUGGCCAGUAUUCUGGGCAGAGUGGCUCUCACUGGUGGAGGAUACUGCCCGUCCAAAUUUGGAGUGGAGGCCUUCUCAGACAGCCUCAGGAGGGACAUGCGGCGCUUUGGCAUCAAAGUGAGCAUUAUCGAGCCUGGUUUCUUCAAGACAGAUAUCUCCAGGCCGGAUGCUGUUCAAGCUGACCUGAGGAGACUGUGGACCCGCCUCCCUCAAGAUGCCAAAGACUCCUAUGGAGACGCAUUCUUUGAUGACUAUGUGAAUGCCAAGGGCCUCUCCAUGGGCGUGAGCAAUUCAGAUCUCUCCAAGGUGACCAGAUGUAUGGAGCACGCACUGACAGCUCGCUUCCCACGCACACGUUAUAGUGCGGGCUUUGAUGCCAAGUUUAUUUGGAUUCCUCUGUCCUACUUCCCUUCAUUUGUGACAGACUUUAUUGUCGUUGGGCGUCUUCGUUUUAAAUAAAAUGUAUGUAAAAGAAAUGUAUGAAGUUUAAGAAAAGUCUCAGAAUAUGUUACAAAAUAGGAGAUUUAUACGUUCAUUUUUCAGCCGCAGCAAUUGAAUCCAUAUGAGCAUGUUUUGCAUGAUCACAGAUACAAUUUUCAUUUGUCAUUAGUUCAAGUAUUGCUCCACACAAGUUUAGCCAUUGUAUCAAUAUCAUUUCAAUCAAUAGAGACACAUGGAUGAAGUAAAAAUAAUUACAGAUAUGGGAUGAUUAAGGUUUGACAGAGAGACUUUAGCACUUAGACUCUUCAGGGAGAUUUUGUAAUCAAGGGGCUUCUUCCCUGAGCAGCAGCAAGAUAAAUCCCCCAAUGUUCCGUUACGCUAUUUUUAAAAUGUCUUGAAAUAGGCUGGACUACUCCCACGAUUUCCGGUGAUACCGAUCCAUUCCAUCCAAGUAUCCAUAACAAGUCAUGCACAAAAAUGGACAAAAUAAAUGCAGAGUCCAAUCAGAA